AUGACAUCUGCUACGAAAUCUGUGCUACAUGUCCUUUUUCUCCCAACGUCUUUCAAGAGCAAUGCUUACCAAGGCACCGGUGCUCCAGAAGAAGUGCUCAAGGCAAGUGCACUCUACCGCGAGUAUGAUAUUGUUAACACAGAGAUACCAAGUACGAUGACAGACGCUGCCGACGCGCAGUUAGGCCACAGACUUGGUGUAUACGACAGAGUCCGCAACAUAUAA